AUUUUCUACAAACUAAUAGCUCCCAGUCAAGACCUAAACAAUGGCUACUCUGAAGGAAAAGAGAACUUGUGGCCAAAGGUGUCAGGAUUUUGGCCAUUUUGUUUGGAAUUCUGAUGAAGGGAAAUUUAUGGGUAGAACACCAGCAAGAUGGGUGUACAUCAGCCUGUAUUAUGUAGCAUUCUACGUGGUGAUGACAGGCUUGUUUUCCCUGGCCAUCUACGUGCUCAUGUACACAGUGGACCCAUACACCCCAGACUACCAGGAUCGAUUAAAAUCGCCAGGUGUAAUGGUUUGGCCGGACACGUAUAAUGAUGAAGUGCUAGAGAUCACCUACAACAUGUCUGAUAAGAAAAACUGGAUGAAGAACUCCAAAAUUCUUCAGACGUUCCUUAAACCAUACAAUGAUACCACACAGGCACAAUGCAAUCAUUACAACUGUACUACUGGCAAGUACUUCUUCCAACAUAUGUACAACGCUCCAAAACAUACAAAGUGGUCCUGUCCUUUCUACCAAAGCACACUGGGUAACUGUUCUGGCAUUGGUGACCCCACAUUUGGUUACAACACUGCUCAGCCAUGUGUAAUCAUCAAGAUGAACAGGGUCAUCAAUUUCCUGCCAAACAACGGAACAGGACACGCACCAUAUGUGAACUGCACCGUGCUGGAGGGUCAAGAUAAUGUUCGUGGCUAUGAGUACUAUCCUGUUAAUGGAACUCUCGACCUCUCAUACUUUCCAUACUAUGGCAAGCUGGCCCAGCCAUCCUACGUGAAUCCGCUGGUGGCUGUAAAAUUUGAUCUCAUUAACCAGAGGCAUGCGGUGAUCCAGUGCAGGGUAAUGGCCAACAACAUCGCUUAUCAGAACAUCUACGAUCCCUACGAAGGAAAAGUGGUCUUUCAUUUAACCGCACUGAGUUAG